AUGGCAUUCUGCAAUUACCAUGGCUGGUCGCAUCAAGAAAACAAAGCUGAAGAAGGCCCACAACUCUCUUUACAAGGUAUCCAAGCGCAAUGCCGGGCCACUCAACGGCCACGGCGCCUCUGCCCUCCGACUCGCUCUCUCCCGUACUACCUCGGCGACCUCGACCGUGCCACCGACAACCGCGGCAGUUCCGACUCGAGUGGCCUCAACGGCUGCUCCGGCAACCUCCACGGCGGGUCCGCCGAGUGGGUCGCGGCUGGAAUACCUUGCUUCGUCACUGUACCGCGAGUCGCGGGCCAUUCGAGCCCACGGCGCCGCGAGCGACGGCAUGUCGGCGUCUGCUAUGGCUGUUUUUUGGACCAUGUCGCUCAGUUCACAGAAGACGCGGCCGAUGCUUUCAGCCUCAUGCUCUCGCAGCACACAGCCGCGUCGGAAGGCGCCGUCUCAGCGUGCUGCAACGCAAUGCCCUCGGCCACGAAGCGAUGCGCGAUGCGUCGAGACUCAUGCCCCUACCGAAAGACGGGCAAGCACGUCGAUAGCGCCACGUCGCCGCCUCCAAGUGCUGCACCAAAGGACCGCGAAGCAAGGGCCUGUGAGAGGAGCCGGCACACGUGCCGCCAUCACAAUCCAGCGUACGGCCGCUUCGUUCGCGAGCUGCACGGCGAUUCGGGCGGUAGCCCACGUGCACGCGGGGCAUACGUCGAGGUCGACCACGGGAGGAGCAGGAAGGAAGCGAUCGCUCGUCUCCAUGCCCACGACGAGAACCAGUUCAAAACGAGACACUCCUCGGGCCUUACGAACCAGCGCGUCACGGUCUUCGAAUGCAUCACGCAUGCGAACUGCGGACGACGGGGUCGCGUGGUGGCGACCGAGUCUGCUACUCGGUUUGCCGUCGAGUUUACGGGCACACACAGUACCGAGUUCUCGAUGCUCGUCCGUCAAGGCAUCAACCCAUCGAUCCGCGACGAAGUCGACUUGCUGCUCGUCGGUGGCAUGGAGCACCCCCACACAUCAAGAUCGAGCACCUAG